AUGAAUAGCAGUUCUAUGCCCAGCACCAUCGCCCUCGUCAUAGCCUUCUCUCUGCUCAUCAACGAAAUCCAUAUAGUGUUCGACUCCAAUGUCCUCCGCAACAAGUACUUCACGUCGAACCUGGUGUGCUUGCUCAGCGUGUGCCUGAUCUUCCGCGAGAUCAACCUCUUCCCCUCGAAGCUGCGGAGGAAAUACAACGUGCUGUGUCUACUGCUCGAAGUGCCGUUGUCGAUAGUCUUGUUGGAAGCAUUCCUGUUCUACAUAUGGCGGAGUAUCCAGGAGUACCUGGUGCUUAACGCGGACCGCAUCCUGGUGCACCUGGCGGAGGAGUGGGGGCUGGAGUGGCUGGUGUGCCACCUGUGCUGCGCGCACACCAGCUGCUGCAGCGUGUUCGCAGACCUCGCGCUCAAGCUCCUCAGCUACGCCAUCCUGUUCUCUGUGUGCUGCGUCAUUGUCAACAGAUGA